AUAUAUACGAGUGACUAUAUUUUUCGAGAGCAUAUAGACCUGUUCGUCUGUCAUUGGUCAAACACCAGGUGAGCAGAAACAGUUUCAGUAUAGACUAUAGAGCUCUGCAUUUCUCAAUGGAGGAGAGCGAUGAUGUCAGCGUGUCUCCCUCCAGUGGCGGCAACUUGGCUCGUAAAGUGGUGACGGUGGCUGCCGGAGAAGCUCACACUCUGGCCCUCACAGGUGAUGGGUAUGUGUAUUCAUGGGGGAGAGGCAUGUUUGGGCGGCUCGGAACCGGUUCGGAAUCCGACGAGCUCUGUCCGGUUCGGGUCAAAUUUAAACCAGAAAAGGGGCUCAAAUUUGUGGGAGUGGCUGCUGGUGCUUACCACAGUCUUGCUCUGGCUGAUGAUGGGUCCAUUUGGUGUUGGGGUUACAACAUCUAUGGCCAACUUGGUGUAAAUGGAGAAAAUUCUCUAGUACCCUGCUUGCUAGAGCGAUUCCUUGAGUUGGGCUCUGGAACGAGGAGUGAAGUGCCACUACAGGUUUGUUCUGUUAAGGCUGGAGGAAUGAUGUCCCUAGCAAUAGAUAAUCUCGGUACCCUUUGGAUGUGGGGCAAUUGUCCACUAGAAAGCAGCAGCAGUGAAGGUGGGUUCUCUCUUGUGAGCAGUUUCACUCCAACCCCAGUGUGGGAUUUCCAUGGCCACAUGGUUGUGAAGGUAGCAUGCGGAAAUGAGCAUGUAGUAGCCCUAGUCACGGCUGGAGAAACAUAUAAAGGUGAAGAUCUUAUAUGCUUCUCUUGGGGUAGUAACAAUCAUGGGCAGUUAGGCCUCGGGGAUAAAGAGAACCGGAGUCGUCCUGAAAUAGUAGAAGAUUUUAACAAGGACUCCAUAUUUGCGGUUUAUGAAGUAGCAUGUGGGGCUUUUCACACAGCUGUGCUUACCCACAAGAAAAGACCAAGUGAGACAUUAGAAAGCAUGUGCUGGACGUUUGGCCUUGGAGAAAAUGGGCAACUUGGGCAUGGAACCACCCAAAGUGCCUCAUCUCCUGAAACUGUGAAAGAAUUGCCACAAUAUGUGUAUCUGAUCUCUGUUGACUGUGGCUUAUUCCACACUAGUGUUGUUUCAUCUGCAGGAGAUGUGUGGUCAUGGGGGAUGGAGAAGGGUCUCGGUCUAUGCCCAGAUGCUAGUUUUACUGGGACAGAUGCAGGGGAUGCCAUUUCUCCCUUACAGAUUCUGUGUAACGGAUCCAAUGGGUCUAAAUUUCAGGAGCCGGUCCAAGUUGUAUGUGGUGCUGCCCAUACUGUUCUUGUAGCAAAUGAUGGAUAUAAGCUUUGGUCUUGGGGGAGAGGAAGAAGUGGGGUUCUCGGAAAUGGCAAGACAAUCGACUGUUUUUCUCCCACUGUUGUAUUGUGGCCUCCACUUACAGAGGAUUUCAAGCAAGAAGAACUAAAUACUGUUGGGGAGGGAGACAGAAUUGCGGAAGAGAAUUCUAAAGGAGUCACCAAAACAGAAAAAGCCUUGUGUUCAGCAAUUGAAGAAACGAAACUUCUUCAAUCAAAACUCGCAGUGAUGGAACGAUAUGCUGACAUACUUCAUGGUUCAAUAUUUGGAAAACCCUUGGAAGAGCAGGAUAUUCCAAUCUCCUUGCAGAACUCAGGUAUUCAUGACAUUGGAAAGGAAUGGGACAGAAUGCUAGAGUCAGCAGAUCCUGCGAAGCUCGUAAGGUUGGAAAAGUUCUAUCAAAAAAUGCUUGAAGGUGUUAAAGAAAAGCUGUUGAAGAAAAGGAUUCAGGAGAUAGUAAAAGAGUGUCUCAGUUCUACUAUAAACAAAGUAUAGGUAAUGCAUGUGUGUUUAUAAUAUCAUUGUAUUGAUAUUGUACAUAUACACAAUUCGAAUGAUCAUGGAGAUGUCUUUAUUCGUUUA